GUCUUUAUGUUCUUCAACAGAUAUCUGUGACAUGUUUUGCUGCCUAUUUAUUUAUGGAUAAAAAAAAUGUCUUGGAUCCCACAAAAGCAUUUGUCACAAUCACCCUCAUGGAACAGCUGAAGUACGCAUUAUUUAACUUACCCGAGUCUAUUUCAGAGCUGAUUCAGACUAGAAUAGCUCUAGGACGUCUGAGGAAGUAUUUUUCAGCUGAGAACAUUAACCCAGGUGCUAUCGGAAAUCAUCCAGAUGAAGGAGAUAUUUUGACGAUAAGGAGAGCGUCAUUCAAAUGGCCAGGAGAAGAGGAGUGCACCUUACAUGACAUCGAAUUGCAUAUUCCUAAAGGCAAAUUGGUUGCUGUUAUUGGAUCCGUAGGAUCGGGUAAAUCGUCAUUACUAUCAGCAUUGCUGGGAGAUAUCAAUAGAAUGAGUGGAUCCAUAGAUGUAAAAGGUAGCUUGGCUUACGUUCCACAACAAGCCUGGAUUUUAAAUCGCACAGUAAAAGAAAAUAUUUUGAUGAUGAAACAUUUAGUUGAAGAAAAAUACGAUAAGGUGUUAAAUCUUUGCUGUUUGAGGCCUGAUUUGGAAAUUUUGCCUGCUGGUGACAACACAGAAAUUGGGGAAAAGGGAGUAAAUUUGAGUGGCGGUCAAAAACAGCGUGUCAGUUUGGCACGUGCUGUAUAUCAAGACAAAGAUAUUUUCCUUCUGGAUGACACACUCAGUGCAGUAGAUGUUCACGUUCGCAAAGCAUUAUUUGAUGACAUCAUUGGAAACGAUGGAUUACUGAGAAAAAAAACCAGAAUUCUUGUUACCCAUGAUGUCUCAAUGCUGCAUAAAGUGGAUAUAAUUAUAAGCAUGAAGGAUGGUAGAAUCGAAGAAGUUGGCUCUUAUCAAGAUUUGUUAAGUCAAAAUAAAUCUUUCACUGAUUUUAUUCAAGAACACACUAGCCAAAAGAAUUUAGAGGAAAAUACAGAUGAAAAUAAAAAAAUGCUCUGCAGGUACAUAUCAACAGAUUCAACUUCCUCCAAAAAUUCAGAAGAUGGCUUGAAUAAGGAUCAAAAAUUAAAUCCAUUUGACGCCAUCGAAACAGAAAAAACGUAUCGAUUGAUUGAAGAUGAGAGAAUGGUAGUUGGAAAA